UCAAAGGUAAUAAAAUAUUUAGAUCAAGUUGGGUCAAUUUCUAUUUAAGAGCCCUUUGUAUGACACACAACUACCGAGUUGACCCAAUAUGAACACGAGACCUUGCCAUUUUAUUUAUUUACUUAUUCAAUCUAGUUUUCCAGGUUCAUUCAUAAAUUCACUGUUGAUGGAACUUGACCAAUGUCUUGAGCCUUGUAGUAGAUGAUUUAGCUUCUCCAGCCUUCAAAGUAACCGUAAAAAAUGGAUAAACCAGUUCAGGUAGUCGGUUCUGGAUAUAUUUUCUUGGUUCUUAUGGGGUUUCUGGCAUUACUUGAAGGAGUGAAAGGAGAUCCAAGAGCCAAAACAGUGAAUGUUUCAUGUGGCCACCAACUUGAGCACUACGGGACCAUCUAUGUUUCUAACUUUGUUGCUACAAUGGAGAAUAUCAAUGAACAGAUUCGUGAUUCGGGCUUUGGAACAGCAGCUGCAGGUUCUGGGCUUGAUAGGAACUAUGGUCUUGCUCAGUGUUAUGGGGAUCUAUCGUCGCUUGACUGCGUAUUGUGCUUUGCCGAGGCACGUGCGGUUCUUCCUCAAUGCUAUCCGUUCAACGGGGGUCGCAUUUUUCUCGACGGAUGCUUCAUGAGAGCCGAGAAUUAUAGCUUCUUUGAGGAGCACACAGGACCAGACGACAGGGCAGUGUGCGGGAAUACAAGCCGCAAAGGGUUGAAUUUUCAAGAAUCAGCACGGCAGGCAGUGAGGCAUGCAGUUGCUGCUGCAUUGGGAAAUGAAGGGUAUGCUAAGGCUCAGGUGGCAGUUUCGGGCACAAAUGAGUCAGCUUAUGUUUUGGCUAAUUGCUGGAGGACAUUAAACUAUGCUACUUGUAAAACAUGUCUAGAGAAUGCAUCAGCAUCGGUACUAGGGUGCUUGCCUUGGUCGGAGGGACGCGCACUCAACACUGGCUGCUUCAUCAGGUACUCUGACACAGAUUUCCUCAAUAAAGAACCCGGAAAUGGAAUAUCAAGAGGAACCGUUAUAAUCAUAGUAUUUUCUAUCGUCAGUUCCCUGAUUGUUUUGGCGAUCGGAGUUGCUAUUGGAGUCUAUAUCUGGAAGUACAGAUACAUACAAAAGAAAAGACGAGGUUCAAAUGAUGCAGAAAAAUUUGUGAAACUCCUUCAUGAUAGCAACUUAAACUUCAAGUACUCUACACUCGAUCGUGCUACGGGAUCUUUCAAGGAUGCCAACAAGCUUGGGCAAGGAGGAUUCGGGACGGUUUAUAAGGGAGUUCUACCUGAUGGAAGAGAGAUUGCUGUCAAAAGGUUGUUCUUUAACAAUCGACAUAGGGCAGCCGAUUUCUACAAUGAAGUCAAACUUAUAAGCAGCGUGGAGCAUAAAAACCUGGUCAGGUUGUUGGGAUGUAGUUGUUCGGGACCUGAAAGUCUUCUCGUCUAUGAGUUCCUCCCAAACAAGAGCUUGGAUCGCUUCAUCUUUGAUCCCAGCAGAGGCAAAUUACUUGAUUGGGAGAAGAGAUACGUAGUUAUUAUUGGAACUGUAGAAGGUUUAGUUUAUCUUCAUGAGAACUCCGAGACUAAAAUUAUUCACAGAGAUAUAAAAGCUAGCAAUAUCUUGUUGGAUUCGAAGCUGCGAGCUAAAAUUGCCGACUUCGGGUUGGCAAGGUCUUUCCAGGAAGAUCAGAGUCACAUCAGCACUGCCAUUGCCGGGACCCUAGGAUAUAUGGCUCCGGAGUACCUAGCCCAUGGCCAGUUAACCGAGAAAGCAGAUGUCUAUAGUUUCGGGGUGCUUUUACUCGAAAUAGUUACAGGGAAGCAAAACAACAAGAGCAAAGCAACAGAAUAUUCAGACAGCAUAGUAACAGUUACUUGGAGACAUUUUCAGUUAGGGACUGUGGAGGAGAUUUAUGACCCAAAUCUAAUGUUACACAAUGACAACAAUGGCAGCAACGUUAGGAAUGAAAUUUUCAGAAUGGUACAAAUUGGACUUCUUUGCACCCAAGAGAUCCCGUCACUAAGACCAUCAAUGUCGAAGGUACUACACUUGCUAACAAAGAAAGAUGAAGACCUCCCUGCACCUACUAAUCCACCUUUUUUGGAUGAAAAGAUGGAAUUCAAUGAGACAAGUGACAAAGAAUGCUAUCCCCUCAACCGAGCUGAUAAUGAUUCAAUUGCCACUGUCACCCACAGUUCCUUCUACGGAAGAUGAUCUUUAGAACAUGGCUGGAUGAUCCGAGGAUUGCUGAUUUUGGCUUUGUUAGACUUUUUCCGGAAGAUAAGACUCACAUCAGCACCGCCAUCGCUGGCACUUUAGGUUACAUGGCUCCAGAAUACGCUGUUCGUGGCAUGUUGACUCAAAAGGCUAAUGUUUAUAGUUUCAGUGUUCUCGUUAUUGAAAUUACUUGCGGGAAGAGGAACAGGUGCUUUUCUCCGGAUAUGGUCUGCAUCCUACACAUGGUAUGGAAUCAAUAUGAAGCAGAUUAGCUCAGGGAAGUUGUUGAUCCAGUUACAGAGCACAAUUUUCGAGAAAAGGCGUGUAGAUUGCUUCAAAUUGGCCUACUCUGUGUACAAGCCUCAACAGAAUUGCGACCAUCAAUGUCAACAAUUGUGCAAAUACUUACUGAUGAUACUUGCGAAAUCCCUUUUCCGACGCAGCCUCCUAUCUUGAGUCCUAGUAGCUCGGGGGUUAGCCCAAACAUUACUACUUCUACUAAUAAUUAUCAGACCGAAUCUUACAUCCAGUCUUCGGGGCAUAGCACAAUUCAAAGUAGGAUGGUGCCUAGAUGGACCGCUUUUAUAGAAAAUGUUUCAGACAAGUUUCACGAAGAUAGAGCCGACACGUUGGGGUGAUCUUGAUGGGCUUCUCUGUGUUUCUGGUAUCACUGGGUGAUGAAGUAGUUCAUAUGACAUUCUGCACUAUUUGGAGGAGGCAUAAAUGGAUGUGGAUAUCAUCGGAUACAAAUGAUUUAAACUAAUAACGUCCAAUACCGUUUCUAACACCGAUUAAUGCUUCAUUCUUCCUAUAAACUUAGUUAUAGAUCAGUUUGAUACUUUUAGUUAUACAAAAUUAGAAAUGCUGUACGUAAAUACUAAAAUCAUUGGCCAAGGGAGAUCUUAAUUACGUAAGCUAAGGAAGUUAGGUUUAUGUACUUUUAACAUAAUGUUACGCUAUUUCUUUUUUCUUUUUCUAGUUUCAUAAUGCAAUUAGAAUUGUAGAAUCCAAUCAAUAUAAAAAAUCUGAGUGUUUAACUCA